UUAAGGUCGUUUGGGAUAAUGCAGGUCCAGGGAUUAACAGAGGGAUCCUGGUUAGGAAAGAGGACAUGGGGCUCUUGGGAAACAUCAAAUAGGAACAAGUGGGGACAACAGAGGCUUGGACUGAUACUGGUCUUGAGGUCUCACAGCACAGGAUCUGGACCUCCGGAAGACCUGGCAACUUCAGGGCACCUCUUGGCCCUCCUGAGGGCCCUCACGUGUGUUUAGGCCAGUAGGUGAGAACUGGGACUGAGUUUUGGCUCUCCUUCGCCCUGCAACUCUCCUACCACCACCCACGUCCCCCAUCCCGGCCCAACCAGGGAGGGCGCUCUGGCCUGCGACCACCAAGCCUCACCGCUGCCACCACACCACAGGGCCAGAUAGCCUCUCCAGCCACAGUUAGUAACAGGCUGCAGAUCUGCUGCAACUCCCCGGCCGGGGAAAAACAAAAGGGCAGAGUCGGGUCCCCCUUCGGGGCCGCCAUCCUCUGGUCCCUCGGGUCUCUGGGGCUCACGGCCUCGGAUGCGCGCACCUCUGACCCCGCCUGCCAGCCUGGUCCUCUCUCCCGCUCUUCUGUGGCUGAAACCCUCGAGGGGUUGCAGGUUCAAUUUUCACUCAAAGACGGCAACUCUGAACUCGAGGUAGCUGAGGAAACUGAGGCAGGAAUGGGAAUUCUGGAUAAGAGGUCAGAUGCUGGCCGCAAACUCUUUUCUCCUCAGCACUGGAAUAGCCCUUCCGGAAAGCCCAAUGCGAUUCGUGCCAAACCAAGAAGAAAGUGCUGGAGUCCCCGCAGACGGCCCUGCAGGGCGAAGCGCCGCCCACGCGGCUGGGAAACCUCAGGGGUGGCGCCGGCUGGGGGUGGGGCCGCGGGCGGGUUCUGGCGGAGGGCGGGUAGACCUGGGCUACCCGGUGUGCCAGCCGAGCCCUACACAGCGGAGGUGGCGGUGGUGGCCCCCGCCUGUGGCUCGCGUUCUGCUUGCGCUCGAACUCACCGCCAUGGAGGAAGUCCGGGAGCCUCUGAGCGGGAAGCUCCGGCUUUGCUUCUCUCCUGCCGCCCGGACCAGCCUCUUACUGCUCAGACUCAACGACGCGGCGCUACGGGCUCUGCAAGAGUGUCCCCGGCAACAGGUACAGCCAGUGAUCGCUUUCCAAGGCCACCGAGGGUAUCUGAGGCUCCCAGGUCCUGGCUCCUCCUGCCUCUUCUCCUUCAUAGUGUCUCAGUGUGGCCAGGAGGGCGCUGGUGGUAGCUUGGAUCUUGUGUGCCAGCGUUUAGGCAGAUCUGGGCCUAACCGCCUCCACUGCCUGGGCCCACUCAGGGAGCGCCUCACUGUUUGGGCAGCCAUGGAUUCUAUCCCAGCUAGAUUGUCAGCUCAGGGACACCACCUUACUGAAGAUGCCAGACAUCCUGAGAGUUGGCAGAACACAAGAGACUAUUCUGAAGGAGAUGCAGUAUCACAGUCACAGAUGUCAGUAGAAGAGGUGUCAGACCCACUGGCAAUCAGCCGAGGACAGUCACUCCCAGGAUCCUCAAGGGAGUACAUGGCCCAGUGGGAAGUGAGGAACCAGGCCCACCUUCCAAAUAGAAAGCCUGAUCAGGCACUGUCUUCCUCUGCCAGCCGGAAAUGUCUACACACGAAACGUCCAGCUCCUGUAGCCACUAUAGAACUAGAGGAAAAGAGGUUCAGAGCUCUGCCUCUAGCUCCAAGUCCCCUACAAGGGCUACCCAAUCAGGAUUUACAAGAGGGAGAAGAUUGGGAGCAAGAAGAUAAGGAUGAAGACUUGGAUCCCAGCCUGGAGCACAGUGCCUCAGUUCAAGACUCUGAAUCCUCAAGCCCUGAAGAGGUACCAGAUUACCUCCUGCAAUACAGGGCCAUCCAUAGUGCGGAACAACAACAUGCCUAUGAGCAGGACUUUGAGACAGAUUAUGCUGAAUACCGGAUCCUGCAUGCUCGUGUUGGGGCUGCAAGCCAAAGGUUCACAGAGCUGGGAGCAGAGAUCAAGAGAGUUCAGCGAGGAACUCCAGAACAUAAGGUGCUGGAAGAUAAGAUAGUCCAGGAAUAUAAAAAGUUCAGGAAGCGGUACCCAGGUUACAGGGAAGAGAAACGUCGCUGUGAGUACCUGCAUCAGAAAUUGUCCCACAUUAAAGGUCUCAUCCUGGAGUUUGAGGAAAAGAACAGGGGCAGCUGAAGCUGUCAAGAGGGCUCUUGACCCUCUGCUCAGUGAUAUAGGAACAAAGUAGCUAUAAACUAAAUAGAGUGUAAUAUCUGCUUUCCCUAUGCUGACCACUCGAGUCCAUGGUGGCAAGCAGAGAGCUGCUCUAGGUUCUUGAGGCUUGGUUUUCAUUGUUGCCAUAUUUUAAUUUUUAGGGUAUAGGCAGUGUGCCAGAACUCCACAGCUGUACACAGGAGUCUAGGAACAGCAGCAGAGGCUUGGCUUCUUCACCUUUAGUUCAGCCAAGUAAUUUUCAAAUAGUAACAAAUGACAUCAUUUCUAGGACAAGAUAACUUCAGGACAUUAGACAAACUAGAAAGUGAAUUUAGUCUGGUAGCCUCCCUAAGGAAACAAUGAAAACUUUUGAUAACAGAGCUAAAGGAACUUAUAGCACACCUGGAAAUAAUGGGAAAGGGCUUGGGUGUUACUCAUGUACUAAAAGAAUUCUUAUACAAACAUGGCUAAAAAAUUAAAAA